AUGCUACCAAAGCAUCAGUUGAUUAUUUUGCUGUCCAUUGUCAACCUAUUUCUCCUUCAAAAAGCUAACAGCGCAAGUUUUGUUUACAGAGACGUGGGUCGGAACAAUGCAACUUCGGUUACUACUUCAAGCUCUCCUGUUAUAAAAGUUAAUCAUGGAAGUCUCGUCGGUCAUCCUGCAUCUCCAACACCAAUGAAGAUCUCUACCUUGGCACUAAUGGUGUCGCUACUCGCAAUUAUUUCAGGAGCCAUCAUGUUGUGGCUUAUACAUCUUGUCCAAAAAAGACAACGCACGCUGAUUCGAAAGGAGUUUGGCAUGACAGCUGAAGAUGCUCAUCUUUCAAGUACAGCGUUGGCAAGUAAUCCCUACCAAAGUGUGUCCAAAGAAAACUCUAAGGAUAUAUUGACGAUUCCGAUGCCAGAUGCUCCAAACCAAAAGACUUACGUCCUUACGCCGAAAAUAUCUCUAACAUGUCCUGAGGGAAACACUUCCCUGCUAAUGCAUCAGACGUCAAGGCUCAUCCUGGCUCUCAGAGUUAUCGCUUCCUUCGGUCACGUGUGCGCCCGUGACAGCGUAAGAAAACCUGGGGACGAGAACAAAGCGGUCCAUGUCUCGUGUUAUACAUGGAAUAGUUUCGUGCGACUCAUUCUCGGUCACUCAGUUAUUUUGUGUCAAUGA